AGCGAAGCGGCCGAGGAAGCUUGGACGGCAAUACGUAGUUAUUAUAUCUUUAUUUUAUCCCAAGCCGGCCAGCUCAACUGCCAACUUCUCCACACCUCCACCUCCACCUCCUCGAUAUCAUUCUGCCACGCCCGUCGAUACUGAGAUAGCGCGUAUCACUAGAGCAGCUUGCGCCGCGUGUUGUUCGUGUUGUCCAGAGUGUGGAGUGUGACUUGUGACACCCCCAGAAUGACCCUGUCUGGGCCGGUGGUUGACGGGUUCUUGGUUGUAUGGCAGCUAUCGAGACACCUUGGGUAGAUUCUAUGUCCCCAACUACCUACCCACACGACGAUGGCGCCCUGGCAGUUCCAGCGGCUGCCAGUACCGCAGUCCCGCCCACAGUCGCUGCCUUCUCCCCCACCACUAUUUCCGGAUCAUCCCUAACUUCGAGGCAGCGUUCUACGAUAAUAGUCCACAGGAAAUCACCUCUUCUUGUCGCAACUCCUCCGCCUGUCACCCGUGCACUUGCCUACUCCCAUCCCUUCCUACUCCCGCUAAAUCGACUGGUGGGUUUGCUUUCAUGGACGAGUGGGGAUCCCUGGGAGAGCUUCCUUUUGGUUGCUGGUUUCUGGGCCACGGUUCUAUACGGAGAUAUUAUCCUGCUCUGGGCGGGCCCUAUUCUGGUUGUGCUGGGAUUAAUUCUGGCUAUGUAUUCGCGGCGAUAUUCUCCGCUAUCAUCAACCGGCCUUACUGGAGAAAAACAUGGAGGGCAUGGGGAAGGGGAUGGUGCCUCCAAGCACCAUAAGAGCUUGGAUGAAAUUGUAGAGACUCUAAGGACAUUCACGACAAGAUGCAAUAUCCUGCUUGAACCUUUGCUCGAACUGACUGACUUUCUUUCCACCCAGCGGACAGCUACCUCUGCAACAACUAGACCAGCGUUGAUAUCUUUGACAAUGCGAAUAGUUUUAGUAACCCCUAUCUGGAUCCUACUAACUUUACCGCCCUUCUGCCUCAUCACUCCCCGUCGUGUUAUACUUUCAGUAGGCACAGUCAUCAUCACAUGGCAUUCUAAGCCAGCACGCAUAUCUCGUGUCAUACUCUGGCGCUCAUUAACUGUCCGGCGUCUAUGCUCCAUUAUUACAGGCCUCCAAUUUUAUUCCAACCCUUAUCCAAGCGACAAAGGAUCGAACGCUGCAUCAAAGUCUUCCCUUCUCUCGUUAAACCCUUUCCGCCGCAAAUCUGACAAGAACAAUUCAGCAGCUAAUAUUUCAAUGAAAAAACGGCGAGCCGAUUCAUCUGGUGUCCGUUUCACUUUUAUCCUCUAUGAAAACCAGCGGCGUUGGUUGGGCAUUGGUUGGACCUACUCGCUCUUCGCAUAUGAGCGUGCUGCAUGGACUGAUGAGCAUCUCAACCCUGUUCCUCAAAAGGAUGAAUUCGAACUACCUGAAGUGGAAAGUGGAAAUGCGAGAUGGAGAUGGGUACCUGGAAGCGAAUGGCGGAUCGAUAACAACCCGUCCGAUGUUCCAAACAAAAAGUCCUCGAAAUCCGCGCAAGGUACCGGUGAGAAUGGUGCCGGUGAUGAUGAGGGCUGGAUAUACUACGAUAACAAGUGGAACGAUGGCCGCCGUGGCCAAGACGGCUGGGGCAGGUAUACAAGACGCCGGAAAUGGUGCCGGGAUGCAGAGCUCGUGGAAAUAUCUCCCAGUUCUGAGAUUACCCCUCCACCCUCCCCUACUCUAGAAAAAGGACCAUCACCCUCUCCAUCGCAACAAAACAGGCCUAAGGACGACGAUAUCACCUCAGAAACAGGAAUUAAAAACUGCCCACCAUGUGACUCCGGCAAGGCCCGCAAACGGCGUUGGUUCGGUAGCAGUGAGCUAUCAAGGGCCUUAGCCUCUUCACCAGGCUCAGCCUCCAGUUUACAAAAUAGCGAAUCAAGCUCAGCCAUACCUGCCACGGCCACAGGCACGGGUGCAAGUACAAACGCAAGCGCUGGCACACCCACGACGAACCUCGCAUCAUCGUCGUGUGGUAAUAUCCCCAACGUUCGUGCCACCUCCACCUCCAACUCCUACAGCAACUCCCACUCCCAUUACGCGAACAGUUUUGACAAUGCUGGUGGCACUGGCAGUAGUAGCAGUAGGAACAGUUUGACCUCCCGAAGACGUGGCAGGCCCGGUCCUAGCAGUCUGAUCGGAGUCGAUACCGACGGCGAGAGCCUUAGCCGGAGCAUCCGCGACCAAGAAAUUGAAGAGGCUGAGAAUGUUGUGGAUCGCUUUGGGAAUCGGCCUGGUGGGGCCGCUGAGAGGGCGGAAAGGGGGUGGGGCUUGGGUGAUGAUGCCCACAUGGGGCUAAGCUGAAGACGAAAAGCAGAUAAGAAGAAGAGAAGAUAUUAUAUGUUGGUUGCUUCUAGGCACCAUCCCCUUUAUUAACCCCCUCCCCCAGAAUUUCCUUUUCCUAUUUUCCCCCUAAGCGUUUCCCUACAUGGCAGCAUCUUCUUUUAUCAAAGGCGAAACGGAGCGGACUGGCAGACCGGAGGUCAAAAUGGAAACAAUUGAAGCAUGGUUGGGAAGUAUGGCGUCACUGUCUAUGCAUGUUUCGAGAUGAUGAGCGAACUUUUCUCUACCUUCAUCUUUUACCUUUUUAUCCUUUUGUGUUUUCUUUUAACUUUACGACUAGGCUGGGACACGUUAUGUUUUUUUUAAUGAACAUUUCUAUGGGUGAAUGGAGUACCUGCUUUAUAUAUACUUUUCAAUAUGAUGUGUCUUUAUGUAUCACUUUCAGAUUGGCAGAUAGUUUCACAUAUUGUAUUACACAGAAAGAUAUUUCCCAGGAUUCAUCAGAGAUGCUACAGGGAGGAACAAACACAUACCAUCCAACAGUUAUAAUACAAUCAAUAUUAGCUAGCUAUAGUUAUACUUAUACGACUUCCAAUGUAACUAUUUAUGAGUAGAAAGGCGAUCUCAG